AUCAUCAAUAAAUAACAAGGCCCUUUAGUUCAUGGUCACUGCUCACUCACUUCCUCCUUUACUUUCUAUUAUUUUCUCUUCUCAAACAGAGUAACCUCUCCAAUGUCCAAUCCAUCAAAGCAAUUUAUAACCAAGUCUUUCUCUACCCUAUAAUGAAGAAAGAUCUAUGCCACUACACCAUCACCUCUUCUUAGAAGAAACUAAAAUGGCACAUCGUUACCCAAAACCCCUUCUAGACACCCUCUACUGCUUAGAAGAUCACAUUCAUUGGGAGGAAGAAGAACAACAAGUAGACUAUAAUGAGUACAGUAACACAACAACCACAAACACUAAUUCCUCCAAUGUGGUCUUGUUAGAACACGACCUCUUCUGGGACCACGAGGAGCUACCUUCUCUUCUCGCCAAAGAACACCAAAACCAACUCUCGAAUACUCUUCUCCAAAACAACCUCGUUUUAGCCUCAUCUCGAGAAGAAGCAGUGGAGUGGAUUCUGAAAGUAAAUGCUCGUUAUUCCUUUUCUACCCUCACUGCGGUUCUCGCUGUUAACUACCUCGAUAGGUUCCUCUUCAGCUUCAGAUUCCAAAACGACAACAACGACAACAACAACAACAACAAUCCUUGGCUCACACAACUAUCCGCAGUGGCUUGCCUCUCUCUCGCUGCCAAAUUUGAAGAGACCCACGUGCCCCUUUUUAUAGACCUCCAAGUGGAGGAGAGUAAGUACUUGUUUGAAGCGAAAACCGUUAAGAGAAUGGAAAUCUUGGUUCUUUCCACACUUGGGUGGAAGAUGAACCCUGUAACACCUCUUUCAUUUCUUGAUUACAUCACAAGGAAACUGGGGUUAAAGGGCUAUCUCUGUUGGGAGUUUCUCAGAAGGUGUGAAACCGUUCUUCUCUCUGUCUUUGCAGAUUCUAGAUUUAUGGGUUAUCUACCAUCUGUGUUGGCUACUGCCACAGUGAUGCGCGUGGUCAAUACAGUGGAGCCUCGUCUAGGAGUGGAAUACCAAGAUCAGCUCUUGGGUAUUCUUGGAAUCGACAAGGAGAAGGUGGAAGAAUGCUACAAUCUGAUGAUGGAGGUUGUGUCAGGGUACGAUGAGGAAGGAAAACGAACCAAGUUGAAGAAACGCAAGUUAGAGUCGAUUAUUCCUUGUAGUAGCCAAAACGGCGUAAUGGAAGGGUCGUUUAGCUGUGAUAGUAGUUCGAAUGAGUCUUGGGAGUUAGGUGCAUCUUCUGUUUCAUCCUCCAGCAAGAAGACUAGAACUCAAGAUCAGCUUCUAUUGAACCAUUCAAACUCAUCAGAUUUUAUAAGCAUUCCUCGCUAGUUAUUAAUUCCAAUUUUCACUUUCUCUGCCUCUUUCAUCUUUAAAUUAAUUGUUUUUUUUUU